UUCUUAUGUGUGGAGUUGAACAUUAAUAACAUAGCAGAAAUGGCAGACAUGACAGAUACGGGUGAAAAGGAUGCUGAUAAUAUCAUGCGUAUUAUGGUGGCGACCGAUAAUCAUUUGGGAUAUGCGGAGAAGGACGCGAUUCGUGGCGAGGACAGUUUCAGGGCAUUCGAGGAAAUAUUGGAGCUGGCCGUGUCUGAAGAUGUGGAUAUGAUAUUGCUAGGCGGUGAUCUCUUUCACGACUCAGAACCUAGACAGAGUGCUACGCACAAGUGCAUCGAAUUACUGAGGCGCUAUACGUUUGGGGACAAACCGGUGUCCCUGGAGAUAUUGAGCGAUCAGUCGGCUUGUUUUCACAACACAGUUAAUCAGUCGGUGAACUACGAGGAUCCCAAUUUGAACAUUGCCAUACCAGUGUUCUCCAUACACGGCAAUCACGAUGACCCAAGUGGCUUUGGACGCUUGAGCACCUUGGAUCUGCUCAGCACAAUGGGUCUGGUGAACUACUUUGGCCGCUGGACAGACCUAACGAAGCUGGAGAUUAGUCCGAUACUGUUACGCAAGGGCGAAACCCAAUUGGCGUUGUAUGGACUGAGUCACAUUCACGAUGCGCGUUUGGUGCGCAUUUUCAAGGACUUCCAGGUGACCAUCAAUUGCCCCAAGGAGUCUGAGGAGGAUUGGUUCCAUCUGAUGGUCGUGCAUCAAAAUCGCGCCGAUCGUGGCCCCAAAAACUAUCUGCCCGAAGAGCUGCUGCCGGCGUUUCUGCACUUGGUUAUUUGGGGACACGAGCACGAUUGCCGCAUUGAACCCGAGGUGAAUGCGGUGCGUGAUUUUUACGUUUCGCAGCCGGGCUCGUCGGUGGCCACUUCGCUGGCCAAGGGGGAAUCCAUCAAAAAGCACGUUGGCAUCCUGGAGAUAUACAAGACAAAGUUUAACCUCAAGCCAAUACCGCUGCAAACGGUGCGUCCAUUCGUAUUCGAUUCCAUUGAUUUGGAUGAGUAUGUCGAUGAGCUGGAUCUAGCAUCUGGCGAUGCGUCCACCAAGGUGCAUGACUUCGCCCAAAAGCGAGUGGAAGCCAUGCUUGAGGAGGCCAAAACGAUGCUCACGGGCCACCUGAAGCAGCCGACGUUGCCGCUAAUCCGACUGCGUCUGCGCUACACCGACGAGCAGCACAUGUUCAACACGAUUCGGUUUGGGCAACUGUUUGAUACACGUGUUGCCAACGUGGCCGAUGUUGUCAAGUUUGAGAAGCUGAUCAAGCGCAUGAAGACCGGUAAGAUAAAUGUGGACAAGGAUGCUAUGCAACGCGCCAUGGUGGAUAAUGUGGCUCGUGUGGAGGAAUUGCUCGAUCGCUACUUCGACGAAGUCAAGGAUAAAAAUCCGCUCAAACUGAUGCAUGCAAAGGCAUUGUCCGAGGUCACCUAUCGCAUGGUCGAGCGUUCCGACCUUGAUGCAGCUGAAUCCGUUUUGCGCUUUUACAAUGAAAAGGCUGUGGAACAUUUAAUGGACACGCUGCCCGCUCUGGAGAAUAUCGAUGAUGAGCUGAACAAUUUCAGGCUGCGCAACAAAGUCGACGAUCUGCUCAAGUCAUUAGAUGCCUAUACCUUAAAAACGGAGCCAAAUGUCUCUGUUGUAAGUGCCAUCGCAACUGAUGUGAAUUUGUCUGCGGCGCCUGCGACGGCUUCCAGACCCGCACGCGGUGCUGGUCGAGGACGUGGUUCGCGAGGCCGCGGCAAAGGCAGUGCAGCGGCAGCAAGAGCGCCAAGCACACGCGCUAAACCUCAAUUGGAUGUAUCCGUUGCCAAGACCGGUUCGUCGGCAGGUCCACAAGGACUUCUAGAUGUCUCAAAAAUCGGGCGCAGAUCAAGAGCCCCAAUCACCUACACUGUAUCUGAUGAUUCGGAUUAACUGUUAAUUUAUUAUUCAGCUUAUUAUCAUUCCAUUAACUCUAGAUAAUAUUUAAUUUAUAUAUUUGAUACUAAUAAACACGUGUUGUUUUCAA